AUGUCAGCAAAGGACAUCCCCCUUCUCUCGGCUGAUGGGGACAAGGCUGAGGCUACAAGCAACCAAGAUAACCAGAACAACCAUGUUACCCAGAGCUCUGAGGACAUCGAAGGUCCCACAGACAGCCACGUUCUUUCCCAGGUAGAACAGGACGAAAAAGGCCUAUCACAGAAAGCCGGUGACACAACGGACAUCACCGAUAUUGGCUGGGGCCAAGGUGCCGACCACAUCGAGGAACGACUCCAAGUCUACAAUGUCAAAGCAGUGCCAGAUGCUCCUCUCCAGAGACUUGAUCUUACCCGAGCGGGUGACGACGAAUUUUCGCCGGAUAAACUGCGCGCCACACUUGAACGGUUUUAUAUAACCGUUAUCGUGGGAUUGACAAGCUUUGUUAAGCAUAUUGCUCGACUGCGGUCCUGGAAGGAGCCCCGGAGAACAGUCGUCUUUUGCACGGUUUAUUUUCUAGCGUGGAUGGUGGACUGCUUUGUCCCUACAUUACUUGCUGCUCUUAUUGCCUUGGUCAUCUAUCCACCAUGUCGCCCCGUCCUCUUCCCCACCGCGCCUAUCGCCCUCGUCGACAAAGAUGCGGGGGGCAUACAGAAGCCCAAGGCAGGCAUCCUAGGCUCUCACGAUAGUAUUACCGGAGCCCCUGAGAACUUCAAGGGGGAGGCGGCCGAACAAGAAGCUAGCAAUAUGGUUGCCAGCGUUGCCAGUGUUGCUGUGGGGAGUGCAGUCGGGAAACACGAUCAGGGCAUACCCGAAGAUGCAACACUGGAGAAUAAAGUGCCCGACGCGAUGGAAAUCGUGUCUGACACGGCCGAUGCGCAGAGCGCCGCGCAGGGGAGGGUUCCCACAGACUCUCAUGACAAGACGCGCCAGCCGAUGCGAGAGGCCGUCAUGGAUGCAGCAAACAUGUCGAUGCAGUGCCCUGUCUGCGACGCCCCCGUUUCAUCGAAUAUCUCCUCGACUACGCCUGGUGGCCGUGUUAGGUCCAACUUUUCUGGUCUCGACAUUAAUAUCCAGCUAUGUAUUUAUGAAGAUCAGCACCCUUUGCGUCGGUUUGGCUUUCUUCGGAGAUCCAGUCAUUCGACGAGGCAUAGAUUACUUGAAUCGCGAGUUCCCACACUGGCAGAAGCUCCUCGAGCUGCAGAAUUCACUUCUCAAGGGAAUCCCAACAAACGCCCAGCUAACCCUGACGCUGCUGCGAAUCGGCGAAGCCAAUACCUCGCCACUCCCCCUCCACCAAUCUCACGCGACAAAGCCCCCUCACGACCCGCAUCUCUUCACCCCGAGGGGCUGUCACUCGGUGCCACGGAUGAGGAGAUUGAACAAGCAGCCUCCGCGGAGCCACCCGAUGACCAAUCACCGGAAUCCGGACCUAUACCAGACAGUCACCACAAAAAUACCUGGGCUACGAAAGUUGUUAGUGUCUUCCGGGGUACAACCGCCACAGGCGUCGAAAGCAAACGAGGUCUCGACCGCAUGCGCGCCAGUGUUGGUUCCCGGCAUGCCAAAAACAGGGUCGGGGUACUGCGCCGAAAAGGCCAGCCAAUUACACCCAUUGGUCCUGUGGAAUUUGAUGCCCGAUACAAGGGCAGACACGGUGCUGUGGUGAUCGACUCAUCGAGUAUCCCCAGAUAG